AUGGCUCAUUCUAAACGAAACACCUCGCUUCCCCACUUCACCUCCUACGAGCGCAACCUCGUCCGCUCCACAUGGGGCACGAAGCGCAGCGUCAUCGGCCGCGACUCGUUCCUCCCCUUCGCCUCCUGCCGAUUAUGUCUGCAGCCUGCGCGAGCGCCAGUGGUCGCUUGUGCUACUAAUGGUGAUCUCUUCUGCCGUGAAUGCGCCAUCAAUGAUCUUCUUGCGCAGCGGCAGGAAAUCAAGCGGUUGGAAAAGGAGCGCGAGGAGGCGCGGAAACGGCUCGCGGAGGAUGAGGAGCGGAUGUUGGAAGAGGCGAAACAGAAGGAUUUGAGGGCCUUUGAGCUCGUCUCGAUGGGGUUAGAGGGGGCGUCGGGUGCGGGCAGAGCGGGGAAAAAGAGGAAAGUUGAGGAGGAGCAGGCGAUUGCGGCGUUCAAGGCGAGAGAGGUCGAGGUUGAUGGGAAGAGGAGAAAGGUGUUUGAGCUGGACGAUAAGGAGAUGGCGAGGGUAGCCAGGCAGGAGCAGGGGAGGUUGAAGGCGGAGUUAAAGAAGGAGAAGGAUUCGAGUAAAUCAGCUUUGCCAUCCUUUUGGGUCCCCUCCCUGACCCCCUCUACGGAUCAUGAUGCAAUUACCGCGAGCAAGGCUGUCAAAUUGACGCCCAUUUGUCCUGGAUCGAACGAGAACCACAAACACGGUUACUCGCUCAAGUCACUGGUGGAGGUCCAUUUCACGGAAGAAAAAGGGUCAGAUGGGACCGUGUCGCGAGUGUGUCCGAGUUGCACGAAGACUCUCAGCAAUGCCGUGAAAGCGAUGCUCACGAAACCUUGUGGUCAUGUCAUCUGUUCGCCCUGUGUCACCAAGUUCAUGACGCCUCGUGAUGUUCCCGACCCUCACGCUUCGAAAGAAGAACAGGCCAAAUCUGCUGCUCUUCAUGGACAGGUCCUGUGCUACGUUUGCGAAACAGACAUUACCCCAAAUGCAACCCGAGAAACGAACCAUGACGAGGGUGCAAUGACGACGUCACCAGAAGUCAAAAAGAAAUCCAAGAAGAAGGAUAAAGAGGUGAUCCAGCCCGGUCUGGUCGAAAUUAGCUCCGAGGGAACGGGAUUCGCGGGAGGCGGGGGUAAUGUGGCUACGAAGACGGGCGUGGCGUUUCAGUGCUGA